GGCUGAUUUUGGGCAGGAAGCCAUUUAUGUACAUCACAGAAACAACCUAAGCUAAGCUAAGGGUCCUGCCAACCCAGGUGGUUUUUAAUUUGGUGAAUUGUUGAAGGAUGUCUGGUUCGGAACGAGGUGGCGGAGUGGCGUCAUUGCCGCCGCCGCAGCCCAGAUCGCCGCCGCUGUGCCGCCGGGAACUGGCAAAGGUUCAGGUGCUGGAAAGAGAGGUUGGCUUCCUUGAGCAGGAUGAGCUAAAAUUUCAUGAAGGCCUGCAACCGGCUUCUCUAUUGUGCAAAGAGGUUACAAAUUUUGUGUUGGCAAAACCAGACCCCCUUGUUCCAAUCACUAAGAAGGCCUCAAGAUCCUCUCAUUUCUGGAAAUGGCUCUGCUGCAGUGCAACAUCAUGUUCCAACAUUUCAUGGAUUUGCUGUCAUCGAUGUCCCAAAAUCAAAAUGUCACGAUGUUUCAAGUGUCGUGACUGCAAUUUGUGCUGCGGCUGCUCCUCGUGCAUCAUCGGCUGUUCAAUACCUAACUGUCACAGCAGUUGUUGCCCCUGCCCGGAUUCUCGUGGCUGCUUUAAGAAGCCCUCGUGCUCGUGCUCGUGCAACUGUUGCACUCCAAAUUGUUGUAACCCGAAAUGCCCUUCCUGUCGAUGUAGAUGCUGCUGUUGUCCUCGAUGUCCAAAGGUAAACUGUUCCAACUGUACAAAAACAUGCUGCAAUCCAUGCUACUUGUGCUGCUGAUUCAUAUGAAAGAUUUUUUCUUUAAGCGUCUUGAAAUGUCGCUACAAUCUAUCUUGUGCGUAGGAACGAAAGAGAUAAAGGGUAUGGAAUUUAAUCAUAAUCUUUAUUUCAUAUUCA